UCCAUGCCACGGAAGUAUCUUUCUCGAGACGUAGUUUUUCCGAGAUAAAGACGGUCAUCUACAAAAGCGUACAUUCAUGUGCAUAAAGCACAGCGGAUGGCGGCUGUCAACUGGUUGGUUCUUGCACUAAACAGGGUGGGAUUUUACGCUAACAAUUCUUGUCCUAACAAUUCGCAUCCUCUGAAAUCAGCGCAGUGUUUCAAUUCGUUUUGACCCGUUUAUCGUACCUACGAUGAGUUAGUGACGUUAGUAACAACCGUUUUAUGACAUCGGGAAUAGAGACAAUGGGUGAGCAGCCAAUAUUUACGUGUAAGGCACACGUCUUCCACAUUGACCCAAAGACCAAACGGUCUUGGGUUUCAGCCUCAACUGCAGCCGUUUCGGUCUCAUUUUUCUAUGACUCAACAAGAAGUUUAUACAGGAUUAUCUCUGUUGAGGGUACUAAGGCUGUCAUCAAUAGCACCAUCACACCAAACAUGACAUUUACCAAAACUUCACAAAAGUUCGGACAGUGGUCCGAUGUCCGAGCCAACACCGUUUAUGGUCUAGGUUUUUCUUCUGAAGCAGAGUUGGGCAAGUUUAUCGAGAAAUUCCUUGAAGUAAAAGAGGCGACGAAGAUUGCCGGCGCCAAACUCCAGUCCAAUAGCUCAUCCGUGACACCGGCAACAAGUGCAAAUGUUAGUCCAAUCACGUCUAGGUCUGUGUCGUCUUUGCCAUCCUCGGAACAGGACCUAAUAGACCCACCCAACUCGUCAAUGAUAAGUUCCAACUUGUCGGCAUCUAACAAUCCGAACCCAAAUGCAAACUUGAUAUCUGCACAGAACAGUGUGCCGUUGGUCAGCGGUAGCCCUCUGCCUGGAGGCUGCCAGAGUAAAAUGGAUGAGGAAUUGAAGAACGCAAUACAUGCUAGGUCACAGAGUAUGUCUCAGCAAAGCACAGAGAGCCCUCAGCACCAAGGAAAAUCUUUGCAACAGAUCGGAUCUAGCCAAUCCAACCAGUCGACAGAAGCUCAGCUCAAAUACGAUAACGACAGAUUAAAAAUCGCCCUUGCUCAGAGUUCGGCAAAUGCCAAAAAGUGGGAGGUUGAACUGAUAGCCGUGAAUACGGCAAAUGCUAGACUGACAAGUGCCCUGCAAGAGUCAACGGCAAAUGUAGAUGAAUGGAACAGACAGCUGCAAUUAUACAAAGAAGAAAAUGCCAGGCUAAGGGCAAAGUACGCGGAUUUAGAGGCUAGCAAAAUUUCUGAAGGUAACAGUGAGGCGCUCAGGUUAAGAGUUGAAGCACUGGAAAAUGAAUUGAGAUCGCGGAACGAGGAGAUUAAAAGCCUGACCAUGGCCACAAAGAAAAAAGACUAUAUGUCACUGCAACAGGAGAACGGAGAGCUACGGGAAAUGUUGAACACUGUCCACGAGCAGCUGGAACUGGCCCUGAGUGCCAAUAAGGUGCAAAAACAGAACUUAGAUACUCUGAACUCGAGAUUAGCCGGCUACAUACAGGACCUGGAAACGGUACACCAGGAAAUAACGAACACGCUUCAAACCUCAGUCUAAAUGAUAUUAUAAUUUUUAUUUACUUUCGUCAAUUUUACGAGAACAACUAUACGCCUUUAAGGCAUCAUUAACGGGGGAAAACGUAUCGUGAAAACGGUGUAGACCGCAUAAAUCGUUGGCUACAAUGGAGCCCUUAUUAUCGAUUUAUAUUUUGCAGAAAUCUAAGUUUCCUAAAAUACUUGAUUGUUGGAAAGAAGAAUUCUUUUCUUAGUUCUAAAGAAUCAUAAGAUUUCUUGUAUAUCGGGAUUCAGUGUUCUAAGAUGAAUUGUCGAUUCUUAUAUUAGAGAUUUAUUGAAUUCGAGUUCAUGAUUCAAUCGGAGCUUUUCCCCUGUACAUUACAUCUAUUACCUAUGAUUUUCUAACUCACGGAGUUAACAUCGUAUAGUAUAGUAGUAAAUUUCACAGCAAUUUAUUGGCGAAGUAAAAAUGCACAAUCGAAAUUAUUAGUGUUUCAUAGUAAUCAUCUGAACAGCCGGUGUGAUUUAUUUUUCAUUCUACUACAAGCUGCGUUCGUCAUCUGAAAAUCUGCAAACGAAGUUGAGACUAAGCAUAGAAAAAGCUUCCAGAAAAUAAAUUUGUAUAAACAAAAAAACUUGCUCAAAUCGUUCGGGCGAUUCUUUUACAAUAUGCUAAUGUUAUGAUAUCUUCGUAAGUGGAUAUCACCAACCAGCUGUUUAUGCAGAUUUCUGUAGUUCAAGAAUUUGUUUUAAUUGAAUUGAAUGCUGAGAAAUUCGCGCAAUCUACCGUUAACUGUAAGUUGCAACACGUAUUGCGCGUACCGUAAGAAGUCUAUUUCAGCUUAUUGAAUAAGAAAAGAGAGAGAAAAAAAGAAAUCUAGUAUGAAAUGAAAAGUUUGGUAUUAUUUUUGUUCCGAAUCUACCGUUGCUAUUAAUACAAUUUUGUUUGUCGUGCGCUGUUUAGUAUUCGGGAAUUUCUUUACAAUUUUUCUACGUUACUCCUUUUUUUGCAGUUUCUUUAAAUUCUUUUUUUCUCUCCCUCAUUUCGACAAUAAAAAAUAGGCUGAAAAGGCUGACUGAAAAAUAAACUGGUAGUAUAUAAAAUUUACAAUAGUAUUAUGUGAAAAGGACGUAAUAGCGAUGUUUUAAAUCGAGAUAUUGGAAACACAAACCUCGCUCGCCAUUUAUAUUAUCUUAGUGAAAUGAGUCUCAAACGCUCCCAUACUUGAUUUAUACCAAACACAUUAAAAAGCAAGAACUCAUUACAGUUAUUUAUAAUUUUCGGCAAGUAAGUUUUUCGUCGACUUAGGUCUCGUCU